AGCUGAGCGCACACCGGCAAGCACCGGCGUCGCGGGCUCCGUCGCGAUGCUGGGACUGCUCGUGCCAUUGCUGGCCGUGGCGCUCGCCUACUUCGCGCUGCUGGACGGAUGGUACUUGGUGCGUGCGUCGUUCGUCUUCCUGCGUGCUCACCUGCUGCAGCCGCGCGUCCGCGACCUGCUGGCGGAGCAGCGCUAUGCGGGCCGAGUGCUGCCCUCGGACUUGGACCUGCUGCUGCACAUGAACAACGCACGCUAUCUUCGCGAGGCUGACAUGGCGCGUACGGCGCACCUGGUCCGCUGCGGCGUGCUCGGGGCGCUGCGCGCGCUCGGGGCGCACUGCGUGAUGGCCGCUUCGUGCGCGCGCUACCGCCGCUCGCUGCGCCUCCUGGACCCCUUCGAGGUGCGCACCCGCCUGCUGGGCUGGGACGACCGCGCCUUCUACCUUGAGACCCGCUUCAUCAGCCUGCGCGACGGCUUCCUGUGCGCUCUGCUGCGCUCCCGCCAGCACGUGUUGGGCACCACUCCGGAGCGUGUGGUGCAGCACCUGUGCAAGCGGAAGGUGGAGCCUCCUGAGCUGCCAGAAGACCUGCGGCACUGGAUCGCCUACAACGAGACCAGCAGCCAGCUGCUCCGGACCGAGAGCGGACUCAGCAGUUCUGUCAAGGACCAAUGACUGCCACUCCCUCCCCACCUGCCCGGGGACCAGAGUGCAGGGCAGGCGGGCCAGGACAGGACACUCUCCCUGAGCUGGAGUAGCCUCGGGACAAACCCAGCCCCCUUCCCCCGCUUGGCCCCCUUCCCCUCUCCCAGUAUGGAUGCCCCUCUGUGGCCCGCCCCACGCUGAG